GGGGAUGCAUACUCUAUAUCCUAUCAGAGAGAUAGAGGAAGGAGGAGUCCAUAAAUUUAGGGAGUAGAGACCAACUGCAGAACAGACUCUUCUAAAAUCCUUGGUUUCUCAUUCAUAAGUUAGAACAAUAACAAUGGUGGUAAAGGUGUAUGGCCCCUCUUAUGCUUCUCCUAAACGUGUGUUAGUGUGCCUCGUUGAGAAGGAGGUUGAGUUUGAAACCAUCCCCAUUGAUCUCUUCAAGCGAGAACAUAAAGAUCCUGAAUUCCUCAAAUUACAACCCUUUGGAGCAGUUCCUGUUAUUCAAGAUGGGGAUUAUACUUUAUAUGAAUCACGUGCAAUCAUAAGAUACUAUGCAGAAAAGUACAAGUCGCAAGGGACUGAUUUGCUGGGAAAGACAAUCGAGGAAAGAGGUCUUGUGGAACAGUGGCUAGAGGUUGAAGCACAAAACUACCACCCAUCAAUUGUUAACUUGGUCAUUCACAUCUUGUUUGCCCCGGCCCAGGGUUUGCCUUCAGACUCAAAGAUCAUUCAAGAGAGUGAGGAAAAGCUAGGCAAGGUGUUGGAUGUGUAUGAGGAGAGGCUGUCAAAGAACAAGUACUUGGCUGGUGAUUUUUUCAGCCUUGCUGAUCUUAGCCACCUUCCAUUUACCCAGUACUUGGUGGGUGCUAUAGGGAAAGAUUAUAUGAUAAAGAGCAGAGAGCAUGUCUCUGCUUGGUGGGAUGAUAUUAGCAACAGGCCAUCCUGGAAGAAGGUCCUUGAGUUCGGUGCACCAUUUUAAGGUGUCAAUAUCCCUUUCACGGUAACUUGUCACUUAUCCAGCAAGUGAAAGAUUAUUGUGAGAAGAGUUUCCAUGCACUCACUGUGUGCUUUCAGAAAAAUAAAUGCACAUUAGUACUUAUGGGAAUAAUGUGCUCUUUCCUUCGUAAUUUCUUAGCACAGAAGCUCUACUCGUUUUUGCCUUAUCCUGACAAUUUCUGAUGGAGCAAAUACUGAAAGCUGUUUCGAGUGGAUUGAAUAGGAUUGUACUUUUAAAUAUUGCCACCGAGUUAAAUUAUCUCACUCAACCAUCUCACUUCAAAGUAAUUGAACUGACAUAUUUGUAUGUUCAUGCAA